AUGCGUUUUAUGCAAUUGUAUUUUAAAGCAGUGAGGGCGUAUAAAAGAUCGACUGACGAAUCAAAAUCCCCAAUUUGGGGACCAUAUAACGCCAACAAAGAAUCAAAAUACGUAGAGCUAGUAAUAGUGGUGGACAACAGAGAAUUUAAAGAACUAGAAGAGAGUACACGCAGAGUCUUAGACCAUUGCAAAAAUAUUGCUAAUAUCAUCAAUGGGCUUUAUUCUCCCUUAAAUAUUUUCAUAGCCCUUGUGGGGGUGGUAAUAUGGAGUGAGUAUGACGAAAUCACUUUUUCCAAGAACGGCGACGACACCCUCAAGAGCUUAUUGCAUUAUAGGAAAGAUCGUCUUAUCCUAGAACAUCCAAACGAUAAUGCACAACAGCUAACUAAAUUCAGUUUUGACCAAGGUGUAGUGGGAAAAGCCUUGAAGGGACCGAUGUGUACUUACGAAUAUUCUGGUGGAGUUAGUAUGGAUCAUUCGCCAACAGUUGGUUUGGUUGAUACUACCAUUGCUCAUGAAAUGGGACAUAAUUUUGAAAGUACUUGGAAUGAAUCUCGUAUACAAAUGGAGAAAAACAAGCAAGUCACGAUCUUACAAACAUUUAUUAUCGACGACACGUGUUUCGCUCUAUUAGAGAAUCAUCAGGUCUAA